UUUCACAAAUCAAGCUUAUUGCUUCCUGCAAGAUAAAUGCUGUGUGGGAGGAACUUAAGCCCGGCCUAAAGCCACCUUAAUUGCAGAGGGUGAAGUUGCACUGCUGGAAUAACUUCUCAAACAGCUUUGCAAAGUUUGAGAGAAGUGAGAUGCCGCGGUAGCUGCCUGGGUCUUGCGGAUCUUUGUUGGGAUCUUUCAGGAUUGGAAAUCCGAAUAAGGAGACCUUCCCGGAAUGAUAUUGGGAUAUAUAGCCAACAAGUGCGAUGGAGUUAAACAGGUGGGUAAAGGGUGGUAUUAACGAUUCUCCUGUGUGGAUGAUAUGUUCCGUUUCAAUACUGUCCAAGCCAGGGGCCUUUCGCUUGUUGAGAGAGUUGAUUGCUGAUUCCACCUCUGAGGUGCUAAAUUGGACUGUUUCAUUCUUACGGGUUGAGAUGGACUUGAUGGUUUCCAAAAGAGCAGUAACCUCCCUCAAUCAUGGUACUUGAGCAGAAGGAUGACACGUUGGAAAUAAGCAUCGAUUAAAACCACAGAUGGUAUCACAAGGGUGCUUCGUUUCCAAUCCCUCUCUCUAACUAUCUAUGCAUGUGAAAAUGUGUUGGUUACUGGAAUUUAUUUACAGCUCUGUAAAAUAAUACAUCACACACACAUGCACACAUACACAUAGAAUGUCGCGUGUCACACUACAAAACCUCAAACAAACACUGGAGUUACAGACAGACAACUCAAUCUCUAAUGCCUCGACCAACAUUUUGACAAGCUAGCCCAGAAAAUACCCAACUGGUUGUCAUUAGCGAUGACUCUCGACUUGGAGGAGUACCAACAACAAGCCAUCAGAGUUUACCCUCUUUUAGAAUAUCUGCACAAGACUGUGGAGGUACUAAAGGUGUGGAAGAAGAAUAGCGUACAAGAGGCCACAUAUUUGAGGCUGGUGGAAGCUUGCCUGGAGAUGAGUAAUGCGCUAUUGGCUGGAGAGGUCUGCACUUUGGCAAAAUUUGCAGCUGCUACAACUCUGGGAAGAGGACCCUUUGCUCCAGUGGUAACAAUCCGAACGGAAGAAUACGCCCCGUCUGGCCCACCCCUCACUGUUGUUGCUACUGCAAUCAGCCAUUUACCUCACAUGGCAGCCACCCUCUGAAGAGAACGUGAAUGGAAUAAUCAGGAUGUACUUCAUUGUGGUAGUGGAUACAGUUACAGGAGAAAAAUUAAUGUUGAACACAACUGCUACAUUCAUAACAAUUGGCAGUUUGCACCCAUUUUAUACCUAUACCUUGUCGGUAGCAGCAUUUACCACUGACACAGGACCUUUAGCAGAAGUAUCUAUCACUCUUCCCGAAGACGGUAUGCAAAAUUAAGUAUCCAGUGUAUAUGUAUGAGUACACUUUGUUUAAUUGAACGUUGUUUCUUAAGGUCUA